AAAUGGAAAUAAGAUUGCAACAAUGUUUUGACGCACAGCUUUGACGCACAUAUUAUUGCUCAACUAUGGAGGCAGGCAGCCUCGUCUCAUGCCGAGAGGACAUCUCUUCGCUGUUUCCUGAGCAAACGCCGGGUGCCAAAUACAAAGAUCUAAGCGGUCAGUUUUCCACCUUCAGACAAGUGCGGGGCGAUGGGAACUGCUUCUACAGAGCGCUCUGCUUUGCACACUUGGAGUCAGUCCUGCACAAUGCCCGGGCUCUGCAGAGAUUUAAGGAGAAAAUUGUUCAGACCUAUGAAGACUUGUCUUCAGCGGGAUUUGACGAGAAGUCCUUCAAGCACCACCUGAACACAGUUGUUAACGUAGUGGAGCAGUGCCAGGCCGACGAGCAUGAAGACACGCUGGUCAGGCUCUUCAACGAGCAGAUGACGUCCGACAGCGUGGUGCAGUAUCUCCGGCUGCUCACUUCGGCACACCUGCAAAACCAGGCGGACUUCUUCUGCAAUUUUGUGGAGGCGCCUAAUCUUCUCGUCUACUGUCACCAAGAAGUGGAGACCAUGGCGAUGGAGUGCGAUCACGUGGACAUCUUGGCUCUGUCGCAGGCCCUGGAUAUCUGCAUCCACAUCGUCUCCAUGGAGGGCGACGAGCAGCUGUUGGCCCACCACGUCAUUCCAGAAGGUGCUGAACCCUCCCUGCACCUCCUCUACCAAACGUCACAUUAUAACAUUCUCUACCCGCGGCCUCAACACUGACCAGAGGCACGCGAGGACUCGGCUCAGGAACAUUUACUUUGGUGGAAUAAAAAUCCCAACUGGGCGUUAAGACACUG